CCAUGACCGGAGUAGCGAGGCUUGUGGUUGGUUGCGAUGGAGAAGGCGGCGGGCCCGUUUCAGGGUGUUUGAUGAGAGGACGCCGGCUUGGAGUAUAGUUGAGGCAGGAAGCUGAGUGGAGCUGGUUUUCUGGAGCUCGUCUGGCCUGGGGAAUACCAACCACACAGGGAGAGGGGGGCGCUGUCUUCAGAUCCCGAGGGCACAGCGAUAUCGGUGACCCGCUCCCACCCUAAUAAUGGAAGAUACCAUCUAUGUCCCCGCUGACCUGACUCCCGAGGAGCGGAUUGAGUUGGAAAACAUUCGCCGCAGGAAACAGGAACUGCUGGAAGAGAUUCAGAGGCUGCGGGAUGAGCUGAGCGAGGCCAUGAAUGAGGUGGAAGGCCUGGAGGCCAACGAAGGAAGCAAGACAUUGCAGCGAAAUCGAAAAAUGGGAAUGGGAAGGAAGAAAUUUAACAUGGAUCCUAAAAAGGGGAUCGUUUUCCUGCAGGAGAACGAGUUACUCCGGAACACUGCAGAAGACAUAGCACGUUUCCUGUAUAAGGGGGAAGGCUUGAACAAGACUGCAAUAGGGGAUUAUUUAGGAGAAAGAGAUGACUUCAACAUUUCAGUCCUCCAUGCCUUUGUGCCUUCUGUACUGCCAUUUCCAUCUCCAUCCAUGACCAGCAGUCGGCACGGACACAAUAGGCAGUUUUGUAAAUUAGAAAUGUAUUUUUUUUUUUUUUUUUACUGUGAAUUGGGAGAAAUUUGGCUGUAUCUUUAUAAAGCAAUAAAAAAGGUCACAGAGUAGGAUCUUGUACCCGUAUCUUCUCUUAUGCCAAAAUUCAGUUAUUCUACGCAGGCUAUUUAUGUUACUAGGGAUGCACCAAAUCCAGGAUUUGGUUCGGUAUUCGGUCGUUUUCAGCGGGAUUCCGAUUCUUUCGAAUCCUUGUGCCUGGCUGAACUAAAUCCGAAUCCUUAAAAUCAUGUGACUUUUCAUCACAAAACAAGGAAGUAAAAAAAAAAAAUGUUACUCUUUUCCGCCAAAUCUUUCACGAAGAAUUUGGGGGUUAGGCCAAAUCCAAAAUAGUGGAUUGGGUGCAUUCCUAAAUGUUACGACCCCCCGUCCCUCAAUAUUUUCCAUGCAAAUUGUUGAAAUCCUGUAGCAAGAGGGCAAUUCACAUGGGCCUCAUCUGAUGGGUCUCUGUAAACCCUAAUGGAUGAUCUUGUCCAUUGGAUCAGCCCAAUUUGGCCAAAAACGAGAACAGAUCUGGCUGUACGUGGCAGCCUUCAUUAACCUAAUUUGGUCAACCCAUAUGUUGGCCUAAGAGCUGACCUCCGAUUUUCAGAGACCUUUGGCUCAAUACAGUUGUAGACUUGAAAUGUUGCCACUGAAUGGCCAAUGGAAAACCUGUUUAUGUUCCAUAUCUUUCCUUUGUAUGAGAGCACUCCUAAGACGGCAUGUUUAUGCCUGACCUGUUGUAUAUGUUAUAUUCUAGCUAGGUUUAUAUUUAUUGAGAAGUCUAUGCUGGCUCAGACAACUGUAUUUAUCAAGAUAAAUCUGGGACGCUGUUCCAUGUAUAUGAUCUAGGGAUAGGUUAUCAUUCAGACAUUCUUUGCGUAUUUGUGUUUAUUUAAUGAGUGUGAGUUGAGUCAAAGGUUCUGUUUCAGCCCAAUGUUUCAUGCCUUCCAGCUGGGCCCGGUGUAUAGGACUUUUUAUGCCUGGAUUUGGUUCAGUUUGCUGAAAUGCACAUUAAAUAUUCAUGCGUAUCAGGAAGCCGCUAAUGAGCAGAUAUCCCUUCCUGUAGAUCAUGGUGGACGGAGGACAUGCAUCACUUUUUGGCAUCUUUGCUACUGUAGAGCAAUAACCUGUAGAAGAACACCCUAAACUAAAUAUUUAUACAGAUGGGAAUAUUUGACAGAGGCCUCGGACCUCUUGGGCAAUAAGACACUACAGUUUGUCAGAGGAGCUUAAACAGUUCAUCCAACCUUGAUCCACCAACUACCGUCUGGUUCAUACUCACGGCACAGUGGCAAGAAAAGCAAAUCUCUUUGGAUAUAUUAUCUAUGGGGCAAUAAAGGAGAACUAAACCUAAAAGCCUCUCAUUGGUCCCCUCCCCGUAGAGCUCAAUACUUAAAUUGAGUGUUGCAGAAAGUUGCACAGACCAAAGUCUUGCAGCGGAGCACACAGGCACAAUCUUCGGAUCCUUCCCUUUGGCUAUCUCCGGAGCUUUCUGGCUCAUGCGCAAUAGAUGUGAACACCAAACUGGCUCCAACUGCGCAUGCAUGAAAAAGCUUAGUGUCUACAGUCCUUUAGCGAACUUAUCCAAGAUGGUGCCCAUGAGCUCCGCUGCUCUACUCUGCAUGGAGAGGUCUGUGCAACUUUCUGCGACACUUUAUUUUUUUUAAGUAGUGGGCUAUGCGGUGCCAAUGGGGGCUAGUAGAUUGGGACUCUCUUUAGGAGGGGGGUUUAAUUCUCCUCGAAGGCUUCAGUUUUGCCACUGUAUAGUUCAGCAGGUAUAUAUUUUUGUAACUUUUUGUGCCAAAGGAAAACGAUUUCUUCCUUUUCCCCCAAUGCACCGUGCCUGUCUCGUUGCCAGAUUUAUCGGCAGAAUUACUGUGAAACUGUCCGGACUGGAUACCUCCUCUUCCUCGUCAGUGUGGGAAGUAAAUGGUAUGGUUUGGCUUGGAGUUUUUGUUUCUACUUUUUUCCUUUUUAAUAUUGUAUGCAAACCUUUGACUUAAUAAUAAAGACUGACAUCCUAUAAAUUCA